CCUUAUCAUCAUGCAACAAACAACAAGGAUCCAAAUAUAUGUAGUUAUUUAUAGCUUUUUGAGCUGGUGAAAAAAAGGCUUAGAAAGAGGCCUUGAGAUACUGGUCACGCAAAAUGGACGCCUUGGUGAUCAGUGAAGGUGGGUACGGAGGAGAGGCUCUCUACUGUUUGAUCAUCCUUUGGCUCUCGAUCAUGUCGUGGAUCGUGUUUACAUGCGUCGACGACGAUGAUCCUGAAGCCUCUCAAGGGAAGGGCGGACGCGGCCACAGAAGCCGCACCAUGUUCAUCGGCGCCGAGCGGUUCUGCGACGGCACGGGAGAGGGAUGCAGUGGAGGCUACGGUGUGUGUGGCAAUUGUGUUUAUUAAUUAUUACCUUGUACAUAUAUAUAUAUAUAAAAAAUAAAUCCUAUAAGAGGAAACUGGCUAUAUAUGCUUUUCUCUUUUCUUUUCUUUUUGUUGGAAAUAUAUUCCCCAGUUCGUUGAUGAGAACUGAUGUGUGUUUUUCCUAUGUAAAAAGCAAGAGAAAAUAAUGCUGAAGUUAAAAUUUCAUGUGGUUAA